AUGUCGGACGCUCAAAUAGAAGAAAACAUUGACUUGCUCUUCAAUUUCGGGGCGGAUCAGCUCGACAGACAGGAAGCCAGGCAGCUUCUCGCGAAUCAUGGCAACAAUGUCGAGGCCGCCGUGGACAAGUACUUCAGCAGUAUGGACCAAGGAGGUAUUUCUGCUUUGAAGACCCAUCUGCGCAACUCACAGGCCAAGUGGGACGAGACUGCCUUUGCGGGGGCCGGCUAUGGUAUAGACGACACAAACGUUCCCAGUACGUCAGCUCUGGCUUGGAAGACUUCGAAGGAUAACACGGCUGACAGUCUCGAUAAUUACCCGCAUAGCAACGUCAAUAGCAGAGCACCCACGCGCCCGCCUUCUCGAACCAGUGUCGCCUCCACACAAGCACAAGCCGGCGAUGCGCCCAUACAGAGCAUUGAGGGUCAGGAAAUGGGAGUCACAGGCUCUUCCAACUUCAGACCGGCCACUGGAGACAAUUACGAUACCUCGCAAUGGGCUCUAGUACCAACCACAACAGAAAUCAUCGCCGACCCCAUCCCGAGCCAACGAAAGCGCGAAGAAGGGCAGCCCGCUAUCCUAAAGCCGUCGCCAACCUUCAACUACCUUCCCAACCUCAUUCCCAUACUUCAUUCGAUACCGCUGUUCCGAAAUGCGCUGCUGUGCCCGGGCGUACUACAAAAUGAUUACUGGCAGGGCGACAAUUGGUGGAAAGGCAACCCCACAGCAACCGCGCGCAUCUUCGAAGACGGUACUGGACGCUCGGAAGCGCACAACCUCGAGAUACUUCACGAGACACAGCGGCUCAUGGCGUUCCUAGACAACACGGACCGGAUCUACGGAUCGGUCAACGGACUGCUUGAGUCGGAGGCUUGGAGAGAGCAGCAAUCUGUUGUCGAAGAUCCAGACGACGAUUUGCUAAAGUUCCUGGUGAUGUGGGGUUUCGCAUUCCAAAGUCAGGUCCCAAACGCCGACUUGAACGGCCAUCUUAAGUCUACCUUUGACGUUGCUGGAACCGCCCAGGAAUGCUUUGUGCUUGAUGCCGCCGUCACACGCGAUAAACUUCGGCCCGACUUUAAUUUGUACGAUGUCCUGGACGACUCACUCUUUGCUUCAGCUGGAGCCAGUGCGCAUAUUCGCGAAGCUAGUAACGUGUUGAUACUCCGCCUGACUUCAUCAAAUACCGAGGCGUCUGAUCUGGGAUGCCGGAUUCCAGCCACCCUCUACAUCGAUCGGUACCUUGAAAAGAACAAGCAUGUCAUCGAUAGUAUGUAUAGCGAUAUCACGCAACAUGAAGAGCAACUGGUCUCGUUCAAGGCCCAGGUGGAAAAACUGAAGUACCACACUCCGAAGAAAGCGGGCGCGAAGAAGUUUGAGUCGCUGCAACUACUCAAAACAAGCAUGACUGCGUUUGAACCUGAAAAUUCCGGUGGUUCUUCCAAGGAUGCGGAGGUGUUGGCCCAGCUACAGGAGCUCUACAACAGCAUCGAGAGCAAGCUUGCGGCCUUGGAACAGCAGACUGAACAAGUGCAGAAGGCGAUAUUGAGCGUCUCCGGACGAUUCAAACCCCGCGUAGACGAUAGCGCCGACGAAGCCGCGGCCACUGACGACCAAGCCAUGGACACGACAACCGAAAUGACCGAGAAAGUGGAAGAGAAGACCUUCGAGCCCAUCGAAAUCGUCUACCCAGAAGGCCAAGCCCCGGAAGACGCCAUGGAGCGCCCAUACCAACUCUGGGGCGUAGCUACGCGUAGAGACGUAGUCUACGUCCGCCACCCGGACAUCAAAUCCGAUGUCCCCAACGCAACCCAAUGGUGGCGUAUGCAAUACGACAGCGAAUCCGCCAACCCCAUCAUCCGCCGCGACACCCUCUCCCUGCAAGAAGUCAUCGAGCGCGCCACCACCGAAGCCGGCUCCGCUCUCCUCGUCUACGCAAACGAAGACGCUACCGCCGCCGAGCCCCUCCCGCUGCCCAAGCCUCUCCAAGAUUUCGCUAAGAAGGAUAAUCUCAACUUCCUCCAUGAGUUACAGGAGAAUGCUACUGGUUGGGAAGGCUAUGGUGAUUAUGGCAAUACGGCAACAGGCGGGUGGGAUACCACCGUCCCCCCUGCCUUUGAAGAAGACAAUGGUUGGAGUGAAAUCAGCGCUAAAGAGUUUAACAGCAGUAGUCGUCCACGAAACGACUCAAACAUGAGUUCCGCGACGCUCACACCCAACACGGAAAUCGACGAUGAUGCGCCUGUCACGCAAGAAAUGGUCGAGACGAACCGUGGUGGUACUGGGACCAUGAGCAGCGCUAGUAGCGAGACAGUGGGGAGAGGCGAUGGUGAUGAUGGCGCGGUGAAUGAGAAGAUGCAGAGUCAAGUCAGGUUCUCGGAUGUGGAUAUGGAGGAUGUGGAUAGUCAGGACAGGGCGAGGAUGCAGCGUGUAGAUGUCUUGGAGAAGAAGGGUGGUUAG